AUGGCUGCAGCAGUCGCAUCUUUGUUUGGAUACAACAAGCCCGCCCCAGGUGACGUAAAGCUACCAAAUGAGCCACCGAAGGCUCUUCCUGCAUCCUGGUAUCAUGCUCCAGAAAUGUACGAGUUGGAAAGGCGGGCUAUUUUUUCAAAGAAAUGGAUCUUGGUCACCCACAAGCUGCGCUUCACGAAGCCAGGUGAUUUCCUUCGGUUCGAGGAGGCGGGAUUCUCCUUUGUGCUUUGCCUUGAUCGGCAGGGCAACCUGAACGGAUUCCACAACAUUUGUCGCCAUCGAGCUUUCCCCCUCGUCUCGGAAGACGAGGGCAAUGCGAAAAUCCUUUCUUGCAAGUACCAUGGGUGGUCCUAUGGCCUCAACGGAAAACUGGCCAAGGCCCCGAAGUUUGAUGACGUUUCUGGAUUCCAGAAAGAGAACCAGAGUCUGUUCCCCGUGCAUGUUCACACUGAUGCGUUGGGCCUCAUCUGGGUCAAUCUCGACUCGUCUACAAGUCCCGUCCCGUGGGAAGAAGAUUUCAAGGGUGUCGACACACAGGAGCGGUUCAAGAUAUUCGACUUCAGCCAGUACAAAUUCGACCACACAUGGCAGAUGAACGGCAAUUAUAAUUGGAAAACACUUGCUGAUAACUACAACGAAUGCUACCAUUGCACUGUUGCGCAUCCCGACGUGGCGAAUCUAGCCGAUCUGUCGUACUAUUAUACCAUUUCCACCCCUGGGCACAUCCAACAUUUCUCACGACCGAAGGAAGGCAAAGUGGAUGAUGAUAUCCAGAAUGCGAGCACUUACUACUUCCCUAAUGCCUGCAUGACAGUUUCACCACACUUCUUCUACAUGAUGCGAUGCGUCCCGACGUCGGCAGGGACCUGUUCUAUGGAAUACGAGGUCUACCGGCAUAACGAUGCUUCGGAUCAUGACUUCGAGUAUAUUGAUUCCUUCUUUAAGAGAGUCCUAGAUGAGGAUAAGCAUCUUUGCAAUGCUGCCCAGAAAAACCUGAAUGCUGGUGUUUUUGUUAAUGGUCAACUUCACCCUCGCCUGGAGAGCGCUCCGCUAUUCUUCCAAAAUACUGUCAGAACUCUACUUAAAAGUCAUCGUGACGAGGAGCGAAAAGAGAGGAAGGAAAUUUGGCCGGCUCGGCAGCAUUCGGCCGGUGAGGCAACCGCAGAGGAUAUUGCUUUUUGCUCAGGGUUGGCAUGCUCCACGGAGGGCUCUAGCAAAUUGGAAUGGUAA